CCACAUUUUUCUACAAUGUACGUCAUGACGUUGACGUUCUCAUUUGUGUGUAUGGAGUCACGGGCUCCUGCGUCGGGGAGGCGGAGCCUGAAGAGCUUUUGAGAAGGAAAAGAACGGCGGUGGUGGGAGGUCUUAUUAAAUAGGUGACGGCCGCGGGGUGGGGGGGCUCCCCGCGCUCCCUGCCGACCCCCCAACCCGCCGGGUAGGGCCCCUUCGUCAUUCGACGCUUCCCUCCCCGUCGCGCUUUUUGUGAGUCUCUUUGCCCCCAACGUGCUACUUGCCCUCCUGAGGAGGGGGGUUUGCUGGGCCUCUUUUUCUCGCCCUCUCCCCAUUUCUAUCCAGUAAGGAGUGAGGGUGUUCAGGAUUCAACGGAAAGCGGGGGUCCUGGAUCCCUCCAGUGUUCAGGGUCUGGAGCUGCUGGCUUGGGGGGACCCUCCGUCUCCUCCCCUUCCUUCUCUCUGCCCCACAGGCAAUAAAAGGAUUCUAAUGGGAGAACCAUUCUUCUGAAAUACAGAUUUGCUGGCUGGCUGCAGCUAUGGAUGAGCAGCAAGCUUUGAAUUCAAUCAUGCAGGAUUUGGCAGUCCUUCAUAAGGCGAGUCGCCCUUCAUUGCCUCUACAAGAAACAGGAAAAGCAAAAUCAUCUUCACCAAAAAAACAGAAUGACAUCCGAGUUAAAUUUGAACAUCGAGGAGAGAAAAGAAUUCUACAGUUUCCUAGACCUGUCAAGCUAGAAGAUAUUGCUUCAAAAGCUAAAGUUGCCUUUGGACAGUCGAUGAAUUUACAUUACAGCAAUAAUGAGCUGGUGAUUCCGUUAGCUACCCAGGAUGACUUGGACAAAGCAGUAGAGCUUCUUGAUCGAAGUGUUCACAUGAAGAGCCUCAAGAUAUUGCUUGUUGCCCAUGGAAACACACAGAGUAACAAGGAGCCUCUGCCAUCACUGGAAGAUUUGGAUAAUACUGUUUUCAGAGUGACUGAGAGGAAAAGCAGGCUUUCCGUGAUAGGUUAUUAUACUCGUGACAGAAGCUCUCCUCCUCCAGGGUACAUUCCAGAUGAGCUGCACCAAGUGGCCCGGAAUGGGUCAUUCACCAGUAUAAACAGUGAGGGCGAGUUCAUUCCAGAAAGCAUGGACCAGAUGCUUGAUCCAUUAUCACUGAGUAGUCCUGAAAACUCUGGCUCAGGAAGCUGCCCUUCACUUGACAGCCCUUUAGAUGGAGACAACUACCCGAAAUCCCGGAUGCCAAGAGCACAGAGCUAUCCAGAUAAUCACCAAGAAUUCUCUGAUUAUGAUCUACCAAUAUUUGAGAAGUUUGGCAAAGGUGGAACUUACCCUCGAAGGUAUCAUAUUUCAUACCAUCAUCAAGACUGCAAUGAUGGUCGUAAAACUUUUCCAAGGGCUAGAAGAACCCAAGGAAACAGCUUACGAUCCCCAGUUAGUUUCAGCCCAACAGAUCACUCAUUGAGUACAAGCAGCGGGAGCAGCACUUUCACUCCAGAAUAUGAAGAUGGGCGGACGCGAAGAAGAGGAAGCGACAUAGACAAUCCCACUUUGACAGUCAUGGAUAUCAGUCCCCCUAGUCGCUCCCCACGAGCUCCAACUAACUGGAGACUUGGUAAACUGCUGGGCCAGGGUGCAUUUGGCAGAGUUUAUCUAUGCUAUGAUGCAGAUACAGGACGCGAACUAGCUGUUAAACAAGUUCAGUUUGAUCCUGACAGCCCAGAGACAAGCAAGGAGGUAAAUGCACUUGAAUGUGAGAUUCAGCUGCUGAAAAACCUUCUACAUGAGAGAAUUGUUCAGUAUUAUGGCUGCUUGAGGGAUCCUCCAGAAAGAACACUCUCUAUAUUUAUGGAAUAUAUGCCAGGGGGCUCAAUUAAAGAUCAGUUGAAGGCAUAUGGUGCACUCACAGAGAAUGUGACUCGGAAAUACACCCGGCAGAUUUUGGAAGGAGUUCAUUAUUUGCACAGCAACAUGAUUGUACAUAGAGAUAUUAAAGGUGCAAAUAUUCUCAGAGACUCUGCAGGAAAUGUUAAGUUGGGUGAUUUUGGUGCCAGCAAGCGGCUUCAGACAAUUUGCUUGUCUGGUACAGGUAUGAAGUCUGCCACAGGAACUCCAUACUGGAUGAGUCCAGAAGUUAUUAGUGGAGAAGGAUAUGGGAGGAAAGCAGAUAUCUGGAGUGUAGGCUGUACCGUGGUGGAAAUGCUCACAGAGAAACCGCCUUGGGCAGAGUUUGAAGCAAUGGCUGCCAUCUUUAAAAUUGCUACACAGCCGACCAAUCCCCAGCUGCCGCCUCAUGUCUCGGAUCAUGGUCGGGAUUUUCUAAAGCGAAUAUUUAUUGAGGCCAAAUUGCGACCAUCUGCAGAUGAACUGCUAAGACACUCAUUUGCACAUUAUCACUGAUGGUCUGCCUCGACCCAGCUCUCACCUACUGCAUUUAUUUUCUGACUGCACUUUUUUUUUUACAUAAGGUUAAGAAAAGACAAGGGAGAAGUUACUUCUCUUGAUUCUUUAUUUCAUAUAGAUUGUUAAUAAUCUUUCUGUGUAUUUAGACUGCAGAUUUUGUUCCCCAUUUAGGACUAGGAUCUUUUUGUUUUGGUAAUGUACUGACGUGGUUCGCAUAAAGCACUUUAGUACAUAUUCAUUCCUUAUUUAAGGGGGGGGAAGGCAACUUACUUGGACCGUGUGCUAAAAAAUUUUUUCCCUAGCACUACUGAGUAAUUCAGGAUGCAGGAAAAAUAUACAUGUCACUAGCAGAUGUAGAAAAGGAAAAUGUGUCCAAUUGUUCUUUGUAAUAUGUAGAUAGAUGCCCCGAGAGGUCUUGGUUGUGUUUCAGCUUUGAAAUAAUUCUCAUCCACAGUAUUGGAAACAGGUUUAAAAGCUGCAAACUGAAACUGCUGAGCAGGGUGCAUUCAAAUCUGACUAGUGCAUCACCUGCAACCAAAUAAGUGUAUUUAUAAUUUUAAAGGAAUAGACAGGAGGGUCCCUACCUAAGUAGUUCAAGAGUCUUGGAGUCAAGUAGUUCUGAUGUGUGAAUGUCCUAGACCAGGUAUCAUAGAUAAACAGAUUACUGUAGAUCUACAAUCCUUUAGAGUUGAAGAACAGUCUCCACAUACCAUGCCACAAAUUCAUUCACUCAAUCUGCUAAGAUCUGCGAUGAGUUGAUCUGGGAGGGGCCUCCAGUGGCCAGGGUAAAGAAUACUUUCACUCUAGAUAAUUCCCUGUUCCACAUCCUUUAUACUGUCCCAACUGGCCUGCCAGCUACAUAAAAUAUUUCAUGAGACCUAGUCUUCCUUCUCUACUAUCACACUUACAUUGAAAUUUUAGAGUACUUGAAUAGGUAGCAGUGUCAAAAAUAAACUGUUACCAUUUAUGUUGAUGCUAAACAAAAUUCUAUAUCUAAGAUUUACAUUUGAUUUAUUAAUCAACUAGUAUUUGCAUCAUUUGUAUCUGGUGAGCAUGCAGAAUUUGGCUUUCCAUGUUUUUAACAUGGAGUGUAGAAGUUUCCUCCUCUUUAUGAGCAUGAAGGGAAAAAAACAAGCUCAGCAGAAAUAGAUCUGGAGGCUUCUAUAUGCAUCCCAACUAUAUAAUUCCAUUCCAACACACUGACAAUAAAGGCACAAAAUAUGAGGUACUUCUUUCUGUCACUUGGUUCUGUUUUUAAGUACAUUUCAUACCUUAUCUAUAAGUAAUUUAAGAGUUUCAGAUUUGACAUUGCUAUCCCAAAUGUGUACAUUCACAGUUGGACAUCUGAAUAUAUUAUUUUAGGGGAAACCCUGUAGAAUGCUUGAAUACGUUCUAUCUUUUCAGGAAAUUGGAAAGAGCUCCUGAAAGGAAAUAAUUCUGGUUUCCGUUGCCACAGUGUCUGUUUUCCAGAGGUGGUGUUGCUUAAUGCUGCUGUUAAAUGUUUCCUAGGGUAAUAUCUGAGGGCAGCCUGUAUAAAAGCAUCAAAGGCAAGCCAAACGUAUUGCAGGUGUACAGAUAUUACAGGGACAGUGCACAGUCAGUAUCUAUAUCUUCCAUUAAUAAGCUUAAGAAUUGUCCUUAAAAAAACCUCCAGCAAUGAGAUCUGGAACAAUUUAACAUUACAUAUGUGACACAUUGCUUGUACAUAUGUAGUGCUUCCAAAACCUUAGAAAUAAGAGUUGCAAACCCUGGUUUCUAUUAACUACAGUUAAAAAUGCUGACUGUUAAAGCCAGCAAGGGAAAUUUGUGUUGGAGACAGAGACUUAGAGGGAGUAUCUGAUCCUUUAGCUGUAGUUCAAGGAUAGAGCGCAUUAUGAGAGCACUCAAAGUUUGGUAAUCAAAUGUUGACUGAACAAAAUUUGCUAUAGGACACACUAAGGGACUUUUGCAGUUCUCUAUGGAAUACAGCACCUAAUGAAGAAACUAUUGAGUGAACUUUUAACAUACGGUUUUUACUUCUUAAAGAAGCAAAUCCUUGUAAUUGUGAAUGAAAAAAUAGUCAUGUUUUGCUUUUUUUUAAAAAGUAAAACAGACUGGAUGGGAUUCAAGUGGUGAUUGAUUGGCUUUCCUUCACCUAGUCCCUCCCUGUAGUCUGUUGUCUUCCACUACAGAUGUGUGUUUCCCCUCUCAUACACUUUCCCCAGGUCCUCUUGGGAAAAUUCAUAAGAUUCUAAAUUCUGAGUUUCUAUCAAGCUGUAACUAUGCAAAUUGUGUAAAACAUGCAAAUCAAGUAAAUAUAUGCAGAUAUGCAUCAUUUCAUCCUCUAAUGGAAUAUGAGAAGUGACUAAGAUUGUUUCUUGUAAACUCCUUAGAGGUUUUUUUCAAUCAAGCCGUAUAAAUUUUAAAAAAUAAAUACUUUGAACUGUAGAUUCCCCGAGCUCCUCCAAACUCCCAAACUAUGUAUGUUUAGCAUUUUGUCAGACUUCCUUGCUCUGUUCAGUUGUCACUUUUAGAAAUAUUUAAAAUCUAGCAGACAAUCACUGCAGCCUCUAAGUGACCUCUUAUAAAGUGUUGGUGAAGACUUAUUGAACUGAAAGUCUUCCUCCAGUGGAGUGAUAUAAGGAGCAUAUUUAAUGAACCUUCCCCUCUCCAGAAACUAAUAACUUAAGACUGCAGUCCUAAACACAAUAGAGAGUAAGCACCAUUUACUUUUGAGUGAAUAUGCAUAGGAUUGGGCUGUUGGGUUUUGUGUUCCAGUUCUUAUGCAAAGUCUUAAAUGAUCUUGUGCAGAGGGGUCAAACUUUUCUUUUUACAGUUGAUAGUCAAAAGUCUUUAGCUUGGAUGCCAUUCAGCAAUGUAUGCUUUUAAACAUAAAUAUGGGAAGAUCUCUUUUGAGCUGUAGAACAUACAUUUAGUGCUAGAGUAUCACUGGCUGCCUAUGCUGGCUCUUCAGCUGUGUAAAGAACAGCAUGUGUUGGGGCUUUUUUUAUUAUUUCAUCUCUAGUCAUUUGGAUGGGGUUCUGUUUUAUCACCUCUUGCCUUCAGAAGUCUGAGAGGUAUGGAAGCCAAGGUUAAGGUGAGGAUGGAAGAGUGAACUGUAAAACAAGUACCCAGUAGGGUUGCCAAGACUUAAUCCUAAAAUGUGAGGUCAAAAAAAAGUCUUAAUCUUAUAAUUGAGGCUUACUUUUAGGAAUCUGGAUCUGCCUUAACCUGCUUAUCUGUAGCCCAACCAAGGAUACCAAUGUGAGUUAUGUGAUACUUUCCCCCUCCCGCAGCUUGCUGAAGGUGGGUAGCAGUAUAAUCUUUACACAAAGGAAUAAGAGCUACUGAUGAGAGAUCCUUGGGAAAGGGAGCAAAAUCAGCUUUCUUUUGGCUUCUUGUAAAUUGCAUAUGAAACUUGUAGGGAAAAUUUGAAAUCUGCAGAUCUCUGAAACUCUAAAUUUUAAGCAAUUAGAAGGGUCCUUUAAAAAAAGUUGUACAAGCAUGACAGUACUUAUUAUGUGACGGGGUAAAUAUGUUGUUUAUCUGAAUAGCAGGAGUUGUGUAGGUAUGGCAAAAUGAGAAGCAUAAACAAGGUGAUGCCUAUUACUGGUUGUUUAGGGGAGAAAUAUACAAACUUUGAGUUUCAGAGCUUCAGCAUUCAGACUUCAAAUAAAACCCAAAUAGAAUUUGUAGUCAGGCUUUUUGGUUACCUGGACUAGUGUAGCUCUCUAGGACAAAGCACAUAGACGCUGCUAGCUGGCUACACAGGUAUGGGUUCCCCUCUUGCAGAGUUCUGUGCAACCCUUAUUAUACUAGAUGUAAAAAAAUGUCUUAUGGGUUUUGGUUAUAUUGUUUACUUUCUGCAUAUUUUUUCCACACAGUUUUUUUGUUCCUAUACAGAAUAGCUUAUAGUAGCCCAUAAUCUGUUUUAAGACUGUUUAUGAUUUGAAGUAUACUGUGUUUCAGCCUCCCAUUUCCUUUGUUCUAAAGAGCCGCAUAUUCAACAAAUAGCCAGAGAGGUCAAAUCACAUCUCCAUCUAUCUUGUUCUCUGAAUACUUACACUGAAACAUGCCAUUCAAAAGCUUGUGUAAUUUUAACAAGGUUAUCAAAAAGUACUAAAAUUGACUUCAAAAAGAAUGUAUGAAUUUCAGCAUAUGAAUUUUAAACUCUUCUUGAAUUGUUUAAAAUGAACUAUUUUUGAACCUUGGCAACAUUCAGAUUCUAUAUUAAUUCACCAGCUUACAGUGCACAGUGCCAUUUCCUUAUUGUAGCAAGGGAAGAAAAAAACCUAGCAAAAUAAGGUAGCUGCUUUGUGUGCCUUUUUUUCAGUACUGCAUUUUGUCUUGACAAUGGCAACAUAAAAGUGCUUCAGAGUGCAACUCUCUGAGGAUUUCCAAAAUCUGAACUACAGCCUUUAAUACUAUUCAGGGAGGUGUAAAUACUGUCACAAAUCCAUAUUUCUAUUGGAGUCCCAGUAGUUUUUAAAGGUACUAGUAGACUUCUUAACACUUAUGAUUCACCCCUAAGCAGCAUGUUGAAUGGGUCAAAGGUGGCCACUUCUUAAUCCUUAGCAAUUUUGCAUUUUAUUAAUACAGUAUAAUUUUUGGAUACAAGCCCUUUCCCUCAUGUGACUUUGUCACUGAAGUGACCAAAAAAGCGAAGAAUUUAGGAACUGGCAGCAAAGAGCCGAAAUAUUACCAUUUUGUUUACAAUUCUGCCGCAUGGGGCAGAAGAGUAUUUACACAAUCACUUUGUAGAAGCUAUCUCAUAGAUAAAAUAUCUUAGAACAUUCUAACAAACACCUUGUACUUUAGUAGAACACUGAUCUCUGGAAAAAGCAGUUGCAUAUAUCCCUCUUCACGCAAUGAGCAUAUUUGGAAUCCUAGUGACAUCAUCAGUUCAUUGUUUCCCAUUUUGUAAGAAUGCAUACUGUUUAUGUCCCUAGAAGUCCAAAGAUACAGGGAGAAUGAGGUCAUGAAGCAGCCUUCCAUAUAUCUGCUGUCUUGUAGAAGCUCUUUGUGAGUAUUUCAAAAUCAUGGAUAUUACUUAUGGUUAACUAAGGGCAAUUAUGAGAAGACGGUCUGGGAACAAACCAUUAUUAAAGGAUUUCAUAUCUCGUAUGAAACUAGAAACAACAAAGAAAAAGCUAAGAGAAUAAUUGUCACAGCAGAACAAAUAUUCUUCUCCUCAAUCAUGAGCUGAAGACCUGACAGCAACAAUACCUCAUUUGUCUUCACCCUGCUAGCUAGCUUUUGUCUGCUGUUUUUGCAGAAUUUAUAUGGCAUACUGUUGUUUACUCUUUAGCCAAUCAGAAAUGAGCUUAAUGUUCAACUUGCAUUCAAAAUUGUCAAGCAGGGCUACAGUUUGAAAAAAAGACAUGGAAUCCAUUAUCUGUAGAUGUGUGAUAUCUAAAAUAAGAAAAUAAGUUUUUUAAAAUGAGGGAACUACAUAAUAUGAUUCACUGAAGUUCAGGAGAGCCUUCCCAAAAUCAUGGAAGGCUUCUCUGAAGGAAUUUGAAUCUGCAGCAUAAGCUUUAAGCUUUAGUCCUUACAUUUCUAAAACAUUUUAAUUUUGUAGUUUAUUGCACUCAUUUUUCAGUUGCACACCCAAGGGAAUGGAACUUAACCUUUUUAGUUAUACGGAUGAAAAAAUCAAGCAGAGUGCCCCUAUCUUAUGCCUUAAUUUUGUUUACUUAUAUUAAUUACAAUAGGGGUCAGAUUAUGAAGGGCCAACAAAAACAGUCUUUGCAAUGUAGAAAAUGUCAAAUGCAGUUUUGUCUGCAGUUUUUUCAAAUUAUUUAGUGGUUACAAGAAUUUUGACCUCCCACGUUCUGUACAAAUACUGGGAAUACAGUACUAGACACAAUCCUGCCAAUGUUAAGCUUGUUGGACAUAUGCUUAAAUCACUCCAUUGUAAAUAAAUAGCACUUAAUUUUGGGUUGACACUGCCUUUUCUUAAGCUAAGUGGGAAGUAGGAAAACUAUCACCACAAUGAGCUGCUAAUGGCUGCCUAUUUAGCCUGCGAUGGCUCUUCAGACGCUGUUGGACUCCCAACUCCUAUCGGUCCCGGUCAGCAUGGCCAAUGGUCAGGGACUUGUAGUGGUCUGGAAGGCCACAGGUUCCCCACCACUGGCUUAAAGCUUGUGACAGUAUUGGUUCUGCAUAUCGACAAAUCAGAUGUGGUUUCAAGGAACCUGUUUUCUUUCUAUUGAUGCCAUGCAACUUUUUUAAAAAGGACAAACAUUGUUUCUGCCAUUGUCCAGAUUUAAAGCUGCAUUAAUGUCACAGUUGCACUAGCAAUCCUUUCAACCAUCUUUGCAGCAAUGUCUUAUGACAGCUGCAGGUGAUUGAGAGAGCUGGUCAGCAUUCACAAUAUAGUUCCUUUUUUCUUUUUUAAAUGUGAUCUUUGAAAAAUAUCACACCUAUGGAAAAAACCAUUUUAUUUGCUUGAAUGUAAGUCCAUGUGGUGGUUUUGGGGUUAGGAAAGGUACUACUGCCAGCAUACCAGUGCUUAAUUGCUGGUAGUUAGUUCCUUGGGUAUAUUUAUGGCGUGUAUGAUCUGCAAAUCACUGCAAACCAAAGCUUUUCUACCCCUGUACGCAGCCAAAAGUUAUAUUUAUCUAGCUUAGUGACUGUUAAUUGUAAUCCAGUUUUUAAGCUUUGCUGGAUGUAACUAUCAGGGCUGGGCCAGUCACACAUGCAACCCUAGAGGUUGCAUGGGCAGCAAUAUUUUUAGGGAUACCAAUGAAGCAGUGUGUGAUUGAAGAGUUGUGUUCAGCAUCCUCUGUAACACUUCAAGGGCUCCUGGGUUCUCAAGGUACAACAGCCCUUUGGGGGGCAGCAAAAGGUGCAGGUCCUGACAACUGCAGGUGCUAGGAAGUGCUUUUUUGGGCACUGCAUGUCUCAUCAGUGUUGAUGUAAAAUACUUUGUCUUGUUUAAAAUAGCAAGGAGGUUCUAGUGCAGUAGCAAAAACUAAAGAUACCUGUACCUCAGGGAAAAUGUUACAGGUUUUAAAUGAAAGGUGGAAAUAUGUACAACUGAUCCAAAAUCCAACUUUAUUCAGCAGCUAGAAGAGAAAUCUGCUGGGAUGAAGAAUGCUCUAGUUAUUACACACAUAUAUAAAUUAAUAUAAAACCUUUUUCACAACUGAAAACAAGUGGAAGAAAUGUUCCUACUUUUUUUUUUAAAAAAAAUUGUUUAUGUGUAAUGUGUUGGAGACUGGAAUUAGCCUUUUCAUUGCAGUGACAUGAACUUAACCCCCCCGAGCUACUGAACAUACUCAAUAAUUCCAAAUGUGUUUGACUGUACUUUGCAGAUGAUGGAGGCAAUCCAUCAGAUCCAUCACUAGUUUCAUAAUUGCUUAAUGGAAAAUCAUUCUUGUUUCUGGAACUGACCAGAAUUGGCCUUCGGACAGACUAUAGAGUAAAUUUCAUGAAAACCUUAAAAUUUUGAAGGCAUCUAUCAUAGAGGCAUACCUGAAAUUGUAUAGUAGUCACAUGGCAAUGACCACACUGACCUUCAUACUGAGUCACAUGUAUGAAACAGCAUAUUGAAAUGGAAACUUCUGGGAAGAAGCUUUACAACCUGGACCUGAACAAGCUGACAGAAUGGUUUGGCAAGCAUAGCCCCUAGCAGCCUCGAACCUGAUGAACGCUUUGUGUGAUGAAGCAGAAAAAAUUGAAUCUAGAAGACAUACAAAGGUGGACAACUUCAGUAGACACGGUGAAUCAGUUACGGAAGGCUCAUUAAGUGAUGACACACAUCUGCAAAAGAAUCUGUCAGUGAUAUAACUGCUUGUGUGGGUGUAGCCACUUUAUUCUGGAGACUAUCAUUAUAGAAAGAAAUGGAAACAUUGCAAACUACCUCAAAUAUGAACUUUAAAUAGAGCAGCUGGUCCAUAUCAAAAGACUUUUCUGUGCAAAAACCUUACCAGGCAAUUUUGGUUACUACAAUAUUAGAAUAGUGAAUUGACUCUCAAGCAGUGAAAUUAAGACAGAAUUUGGCUCUAAUGGAACAAAUCUAGGAGCUCCCUGAUGCAGAUGUUCUCGAUCUCACAAGAAGCCAGCUUACCAAAUAAGAAAGUGAUCACAGGUCAAAAUUUGCACUGAACCCCAAUUCUUUGUCAAGUUGCACACUGAAAUAUCAAUGACUUCUUACAUUGUUCUACUUCACUGUAUAUACGGAUGGCAGCUAUGGGCAAAUGAAACACUCAGAUGCAAAAAAAGAAACCCCUCUACAAAUAGAGAGCAGCACAUUUCCAUAGCUGAAGAAGGCACCUCCAGCCAAUUUCAUGGCAGAUUUGUGAAGUCUACCUACUAAAUGUAAAAGAGUAGGGCUGGAAUAUUUGAAAAGAAGUUAAUUCCUAUAAUGUCUGAUAGGGCACCUGCUUUUGAUGAUAGACUUAAUAUUGGUGGGCCUCAUACAAGAUGGCAGUGAGGCCCAAAUGUAGUACAGUUUGCUUGUGCUGUCAACGUGGCUUGACAUACAUAGCUUCAUAUGAACAAAAAUAUACUUCAAUCUGUACAGGGGCAGGGACACAAUUUCUGCUGACUGCUUCCUCCACUGGCAGUCCCUUACAUAUCUCUCACUAUUCCUAAGGAUCCCCCAGCUGACAUAUUUGGUUUUUCAGAGUCCAUUGUGGGCUGCAAAACAGAAAAGGCAGCAGGCAGUCUUGCUCUGUGAUCAGAAAACUGCUUGCAGUUCUCUGGAUCAAACCCAUUGUUGGCUGACCUGAUUAAAUGAUGACAUCAACGAUACCUAGGACUGAUUGUACAAUGGUUUAUUAUAAGCAUGUGAUCAAAGAAUCAUUAGUUUGUUUAUUUUAAAGUGUGGAUUUUAUGGAGCUUUCAUACAUGUACUUGAAAUGAAAUAAAUAUUUUCACUUCAGCAUUUGCUCUUUGUUUAAAAUAUAAUCACAUAUUAGCACUCGAUUUCAGUGGAUUUUGGAUUGGUCACAUAUUAUACAUACAUAUCUUCACCUUUCAUUUAAAUGCUUCUAUAUCCUCCCUGGUAUAAACCACCAAAAGUUGUAUUGUUUCUGUGGUUUCUACCUUUGCAGCUGAAGUGAAGGAGGCAAGCCUUUAGGUCAGUAUAAUGGGCCAAAGUAAUUCUUGUGCCAUAGUAACCCAGAACAUUGCACAGAUUGCUGGGGAAGUGGUCCAUCUUACUCCAAAUAAUUUAGAACUAUACUUUUCCCUUGGAUAUCUUAGUUCAAUGGAAGUCAAAUAUGCCCAUCAAUGUGAGCAAAACUAAAAUUUCUAAGCUACUGGUUACGGAGAAACUUAGCUUCAAAAGCAUUUUAUUCAUUUACCUUGUAUGUGAUAACUUUUUUCUAUUUCUAAAAUAAGAGUGUACUUAACAAACCUUGCUUUAGACAAUAGCUGAGAGUCAAGUGAGAGGAGUAUGGAUAGGAAAAAAUGUAUUUUAAUAUAUAUAUUUGAUGAUAUCAUUUUGACCUCCUCUCUAAUAAGAAAGGAACAAUAAAAGACUAAUGAAAUUCUCCCUGGCUUAUUUGAUUGUAAUGCAUUCAAACCCUGUUGAAUAGGUAUGAAUAGGGAGAAUUUUUUUGCAGGGAGGGGAUCUCUGGGUUGCCAGUGUCCUCUGGGGACAAAUUUAGAAUCUCUUUCCUUAGACCCAUUCUUGGCUCUCAGAUGCUGAACAAAUUCAUAUACUGGUUUAAUAUCAGAGGCUGAACUAUCCACAGUACAUUUGCUGAGGAUUAUUUUAUUUUUGAAUACCACACACAUACAUCCUGGGCACAUGAUGAAUUAAAAGAAAAGGAUUGUGCUUUCUUUUUAGAACAGGGUAUAAUCUCUCUAAAUUUCAUGUGGCUUGCUGUUGUGUUAACACAAUUUUAAAGCUUGAUAAUGUUUGUCUGAACGUGAAAGGGAUUGUUAGACCCCAAAUGCGCUCAGCCUGUCAUCUUGUACCUCACUCCAUUUUCUUAAGGAAAUGUCACUGUUAAGUAUGGGGAAGAGAUGUUGGUUGAAGUUGACAGUAGACAUUUACUUUUUAAAAAGCUAACAACAAUAAUGUAUAUUUACCCUUUUGACCCAGUGUACAUUUUUUAUGCAGCUGCCAAAUUCUCUAUUUAAUCCCUUGUUUUCUCUAAAUGUUUUUACUCUUGUUUGAAUGCUGGGCACAGUUUGUAAUGUAUGUACACAAUGGUGUUUUUUUCUAUCAAUGUUGACUCUUUUGCACAUUUUUUGAAAAUGUUUAAUUUGUACACUGAUUUAAUACUCUGACCAACUGUUAUGGAGUGUAUGUGAAUUAUGUGUGUGUGCAAUGUACUACUGUUUUGAACGUGUGAGGAUUUUUAAAUUCAGUGUAAAUGUGUGUCUGCUUCUGGCUUUAUCUUGGUUGAGGAACUCAGGACAUUAGCUUUGCUUACUAGUUACCCAUAAUAGUCCAAAUCCAACAGCUUGGUUGUAUCUCCAGAGCUUUGACCCACAUAUUGGACUCUGUGUGAAUAGGGACUUCCCAGUUCACUUCAUACUAUUGGGACACCUGUUAGAUAUUGUCAGUUGACCACCACCUAGCUUCAUCAUUUCAAAUAACAAUUAACUAACUUGGUUGUUGUUGUUUUAUAGCUAAGGUAGUUCUCAUUUCUACAGUUCUGUAUACUCUGCCAUUAUUUGGAUUGAAGACUACCCAAAUUCCAAAUGUUUUCACAUUGAUGUGCAGUGUGCAAACAGAACUUUUCAGAAGUAUGGAGUGAACAGAAAUAGGGAAGGCACUGCUUACAUGGAGCUUCAUAUACUCAUCAGAGCCUCUGCGGAGUUUGGACUGUGGUAAAUGUGUCUAAGAACUUUCCAAAUAUAGGGUACAUAAAAAUGCCUUCUAUGUACUGUCUGUCCUUCCUCCCACAGGCCUAUUCCAGUUUCAUUUCUACAUUUUUUUAAAAAAAUUGUUUUUUAAAGGUACUGCAUUUAGUUAGAUAAAUAUAUAAAAAGCUUUGAGAGAUAAUUUACUAAAUAAAUAUAUUUUCAGCUGGCUGAUGUUCAGAAAAUAUUUUUUUAUUUUUGUUUCUAACCAUUCAAAAUGUAUUUGUAUUUCCAAAAUUGGACAUGAAUUGUAUAUUACAACACUCUGGCUGGAUAACAGUAUGGUUUGUCUUGUAAGGUCUUUUUUUUAAGAGCUAAAGUAUUUCUGUAAUACAGAGAAUAAUACUGUUCUGAAAAGCUAAAGGCAAUCUUUGAAUUUAGAGCUGCUUGAGAAAAUCGAGACACAAAACCAAUCUUGAAAAGUCAGAUGUUUUAUUGCCUUUUUUGUUAUACUGAAUGUAAUGUCUCCCUCUUGAUCUUAACUCUUCCUUGUUUUCUGGUACUGGGAAAAUUUAAAGCAUGUUGAAGGUACUAGCAGAAUACCAAUUAAUACUUAAAUUUUAAAUUUGACAACCUAGUUUGUGGCUUGAAAGAUUAUUUGUAUAAUGCUUAAGAUGUACCAACUAAAAAUUCUCAUGUUGGGUAAAUACGGUACUGGUGGAUAUCAAAAACCAACAGUUAGGAAAAGUGGUAUUCUCUCUUUUUUAAGAACCUACUAAUGACCUGUUAUGGUGUGGUUUGUUCCAUUGUUCAUGCACAUUUUGACCUUGUCAUAGUCUCAAAAGUGUGCUUGUACAAAAUGUAUAAAAAUAUUUUGAUUUUUUAAAAAAAUGUAUUUACCUGUUAUUUUCUUGCUGGUAAAUGGCUUUUAUUUUAUUUGGGUUUUUUAAUCAAAUAUAAAAAAGAAGCCAUGUUUAUAUUCUGUGUUUGACCAAAUGACUAUUGUUUUAUGAAAUUUGUAUAUUGCUGGUACACAUCUUCGUGUAGGAUGAUUGUGCAUGAGGACCUGCAAGAAUUAAUACAAUGAAAGAUUGUUUUUUUUCUUCCAAGUAAAUUCUCAAAAGGUUAUGGUGCAAAGGUUUACUGGAUGUAACCUUAUAAGCUUAUGGAAUGACUAUAGAAUAAUGGCACUUUCAAGUGUUAAUAAAACAA